GACUAUUAUAGGGUUACUACUCCAAUACCCUACUUCACCCUGGCUCAGCUGGCUGCACAUGGUGAAAGAAUUACAAUACAAACUUUGAGAGUCAAGAUAAAAAGAAGGCGGUUCUUAAAUCUUCUUUGAGACCUACAAAAUCUGAAGGCAAAAAAGGGACCAGACUAUCCUCUUAAAACUGCUAAUAAUAUCUGUGACAAACUCCUGGGACAAAAACUGUCGUGACCAACCCUGCAGAAUGGAAAUAUCCAAAGGGAAUGAACAUUCAACUGAGCAUGCUGCUAAUUUACUAGGUUCACCUGGUCGAGACAAUCAGAUGAGACACAGUGGACAGGUCCACAAGAGGUCGAACAACUGCAUGGUAAUCGUUGUGGUAAUGUUGCUGUGCUUGUUGAUCACCGUCAUCACAGUCAUAUUUGCCUUGAAGCAGCACUGCAAUGUUAAAGUGACGAGCUGUAAGAACAGGUGUGUGACUGGGAACAGUGACAAGUCUGCAUCGUGCCACUGUGACCCGUCUUGUGUGAAAGAGGGAAACUGCUGUCUUGAUUACACUGAGGUGUGCGUAGACCCUGGUCAGCGCUGGACCUGCUCCAGAUUCCGCUGUGGCGAGCAAAGUUUGGCCGAUAGCCUGUGCUCAUGCUCGGAUAACUGUGUGAAAGCAGGGGACUGCUGUGCAAAUUACUACAGCUCCUGCAAAGUGGGAGUGAAGUCCUGGAUAGAAGAGGAGUGCGAGGACAUUCAAACACCACAAUGUCCUGCCAGUUUUUCCAAACCCCCUCUGAUCCUGGUGUCUAUGGAUGGCUUCCGGGCAGGUUAUUUAAAGGCCUAUGGCAGUCUUCUUCCAGUCAUCAACAAAUUACGCAACUGUGGCACCACUACCCCGUACAUGAGACCUGCCUAUCCCACCAAGACCUUCCCCAACCACUACACCAUUGUGACUGGUCUCUAUCCAGAGUCCCAUGGGAUCGUGGACAACAAGAUGUACGAUGUGACCCGCAACGCCUCCUUCAGUCUGAAAGUGGCUGAGAAAUUCAACGCCAAGUGGUACCAAGGAGAACCAGUUUGGCUCACUGCCAUGUACAAUAAGCUGAAGUCAGCCACAUUCUUCUGGCCGGGUGCUGAUGUGGCCAUCAAAGGAAGAUUCCCCGACUUCUACAAGAUGUAUGACAGGAACAUCCCAUUCGAGGAGAGAAUCUCAACCAUAUUUCAAUGGCUGAAUUUGCCUCAAGGGGAAAGACCUGAUUUCUACACUCUGUACCUGGAGGAACCAGACUCUGCUGGCCAUAGAUACGGACCAAUGAGCAGUCAGGUGAUUGAGGCCCUGCUGAACGUAGACAGGUUGUUGGGAUUUCUAAUGGACGGCCUGAAACAGAAGAACCUACACCACUGUGUCAACCUGGUGCUCCUGUCUGACCACGGAAUGGAGGAAGCUUCCUGCAAGAAGGCUGCAUUCGUGAACUCGUACCAGGACAACGUGGAUGACUUCACUGUCGUCCAAGGCCCUGCUGCACGAAUCCGACCCAAGAGAGUCCCUGAAGACUUCUACUCCUUCGACUAUGAAGGCCUGGUGAAGAAUCUGUCGUGCAGGAUCCCUGACCAGCCCAUGAGGCCCUACCUAAAAGAGCACCUCCCCAAACGGAUGCACUUCGCUAACAACGUGCGCAUCGAGAGGGCCCAUCUCUACAUGAAACCUGGUUGGCAGGCAGCACUCCAGCCAAAAGAAAUCAAGUACUGCAGUGGUGGAUUCCACGGCUCGGAUAACGUCUUCAAAAACAUGCAGACCAUUUUCAUUGGUUAUGGACCAGGGCUGAAAUAUAAGGCUAACGUUGCACCUUUUGAAAACAUUGAAGUCUACAACCUCCUGUGUGAUUUGUUGGACAUUCCCCCUGCUCCUAACAACGGGACCCACGGGAGUCUGAACCACCUGCUGAAGAAUCCUCCCCACCUCCCUGUGUACCCAGCUGAGCUCUCCUCUGACUCCACCUGUGAGGCGAGUGGCCCUGCCCCCUCUGACAAUCUGGGCUGCAGCUGCAGCGCCCGCACCAAAGCAGCGGAGAAGACUAUGAACAGGCAACUCAUCAAGGCUAAUUCCAAUUCCGGAGCCAAGGCUCUUCACCUACCGUAUGGAAUCCCUCGAGUUCUCCAGGAGAAUGCAGACUACUGCGUGCUUCACCACGCCGACUACGUCAACGGUUACAGCAAAGAUAUUCUCAUGCCGUUAUGGGUCGCCUACACAAUUAACCCACUGAACAAUGUCCAGCCACUGAGUCCAGUAGAAGAGGCAUGUGUCCGUACAGAUGUCCGUGUGGCACCGCUCUCUAGUCAGAACUGUGUCAGAUACAGGGAUAACCCUGCCCUGUCCUACGGCCUGCUGCAUCCACCCAAUCUGGGUGCCAAUGGAACAGAGGCAGAGUCAUUACUUACCAGCAACAUGGUGCCCAUGUAUCCUGCCUUUAAAGAUGUUUGGCUGUACUUCCAUGAUGUCCUCCUGGUGAAAUAUUCCCAGCAGCUGAAUGGGGUCAAUGUUGUCAGUGGACCUAUCUUUGACCAGCACUACGAUGGACACUUUGAUGCUCCCAAAGUUAUCACACUACACGAGGCUCCCAUCCCCACUCACUUCUAUGUGAUCCUGACCAGCUGUGGGAACUCGUCCUUCUCCCCUGCUGACUGCCAGGGUCGUCUGGAGACCACAUCCUUCAUCCUCCCCCAUAGACCUGACCACACUGAGACCUGUGCUAAUGGCUCAGACUUCCAGUGGGUUCAGAAGUGGGCCGAGUUCCACGCUUCCCGGGUCCGAGACGUAGAGCUCCUUACUGGACUCAGCUUCUACCACGACAGGAUAUCAGUGGAGGAAACACUACAGCUCAAGACAUUUUUACAGACUUUCUAAGAUCCCACGAAGUCACGUCAGGAGGGUUUUGGUACUAUUGGUACUAUCAUUUUAGUAUUGGGCCUUAUUACACAAGUUUGAAGGUAAAACAUUUUGGGCUAAAUGUGUAGGUCUGGAUCCCAUGAAACAAAAAGGUGUAAUCCUUAUAUUUAAGUGCAUAAAAAGGAGUAAAGAGUUCUGUUUAGGUCCUUCUGUAGCUCAGUUGGUAGAGCAUGGCGCUUGUAACGCCAGGGUAGUGGGUUCGAUCCCCGGGACCACCCAUACGUAGAAUGUAUGCACACAUGACUGUAAGUCGCUUUGGAUAAAAGCGUCUGCUAAAUGGCAUAUUUUUAAGUCAGAAACCGCCUGAAAGACAUUUGGCCUUCAAUCCCAAAAACUAGCAACAUUAAACAUACAUAAAGACAUUGUGUGGAAAAAGAAAGAAGCCAUGUUAUGAGUCAUGUUAUAUAAUAGACCUUUGUCAGUUUAGACUUUACCAGAACACUGUACCAAAAAGUAAUGUACUGCUCUGCUGAAUCCCAAACACCACUUGUUCAUCCCAGGGGAAAGGGAGGGGAAUAGUCUUAGAAAACACUUUUUCAUGCCAUAGGAUUUUAUAUGACAAAGUGAUUAUAAUAGCUGGGACAUUUUCAGGAAAUCUCGGACAAUCUGGAAUGGAAACGUUUAGUAUCGGCCAUUUGCAGAAGGACUGAAACACUGCCAUUAUUAUUUUACUCUUGAGGUGUGAUUUGGGGAGUUGGCUGAAAGACAUGGCAUUUAAGCCAAAAUGAGAAUUUAGUGAAAAGAAAAAAAGUGUUUGUUCUACGAGAAGAAACAACAGAAAAUGUUUAUGCUCGCACUUGCCAAAUGUUGUCAUUUUAUGUUUGACUUGAUUAUAGUUUUUGUUAAUAUUGAUGUUUUUUAUUGCUCUGUAACUGUAAAUGUAAAGUGAAGUUUGUCGGCAACUGGGAUUAAAUUAUUGAUAGAA